AUGUUUGUCCGCAAGCGUGACGGACGCCAGGAGCGUGUCCAAUUCGACAAGAUCACGGCUCGUGUAUCACGGCUGUGUUAUGGCCUCGACACUGAGCACAUUGACCCUGUGGCUAUCACCCAAAAGGUCAUUUCUGGCGUUUAUGGCGGCGUGACGACCGCCCAGCUAGACGACCUGGCUGCAGAGACUGCUGCGUACAUGACAGUCACCCACCCUGACUAUGCGGUCCUCGCUGCUCGCAUUGCGGUUUCCAACCUCCACAAACAGACCAAGAAGCAAUGGUCAGCGGUCAUCACCGACCUGUACAACUAUGUCAACCCCAGAAACAACACACUGUCGCCUAUGAUCUCUAAGGAGACAUACGAUUGUGUGAUGCGCCACAAGGAGGACUUUGAUUCAGCUAUUGUCUAUGACCGUGACUUCAACUACCAAUACUUUGGCUUCAAGACCCUGGAGCGGUCCUACCUGCUCAAGCUGAACGGUAAGAUUGUCGAACGGCCACAGCACAUGAUCAUGCGCGUGGCAGUUGGCAUCUGGGGUGACAACGUGGAGCGUGUUGUUGAGACGUACAACUACAUGUCCAACAAGUUCUUCACGCAUGCCUCGCCCACCCUCUUCAACGCCGGCACCCCGCAGGCCCAGAUGUCGUCUUGCUUCCUCGUGGAUAUGAAGGAUGACAGCAUUGAGGGUAUUUAUGACACUCUCAAGACCUGCGCCAUGAUCUCCAAGACAGCCGGUGGAAUUGGCCUCAAUGUCCACCGCAUCCGGGCUACUGGCUCCUACAUCGCCGGUACAAACGGCACGUCCAACGGUAUCGUCCCCAUGCUCCGUGUCUACAACAACACGGCUCGCUACGUGGACCAGGGCGGAAACAAGCGCCCUGGUGCUUUCUGCAUCUACCUUGAGCCUUGGCACGCCGAUGUCUUUGAAUUUCUCGACCUGCGCAAGAACCAUGGCAAGGAGGAGAUCCGCGCCCGCGAUCUGUUCCUGGCCCUCUGGAUCCCUGAUCUGUUCAUGAAGCGUGUGGAGAAGAAUGGCGAGUGGACACUGAUGUGCCCCAACGAGUGCCCUGGCAUGGCGGACUGCUACGGCGAAGAGUUUGAGGCCCUGUACGAGAAGUAUGAGCGCGAAGGUCGCGGCCGAAAGACGGUCAAGGCCCAGAAGCUCUGGUACGCCAUUCUCGAGGCUCAGACGGAGACGGGCAAUCCGUUCAUGCUCUACAAGGACCACUGCAACCGCAAGAGCAACCAGAAGAACCUGGGCACCAUCCGCAGCUCCAACUUGUGCACGGAGAUCGUGGAGUACUCUGCCCCAGAUGAGGUGGCUGUCUGCAACCUGGCCUCUCUGGCCCUGCCGUCUUUUGUUGACUACACCAACGAGACGUACGACUUUAAGAAGCUCCAUGAGGUUGCACAGCUGGUUGUCCGCAACCUGAACCACGUCAUUGACGUCAACUACUACCCUGUGCCGGAGGCCAAGAACAGCAACAUGCGCCAUCGUCCUAUCGGUCUGGGUGUACAGGGACUGGCAGAUGCCUUCCUGGCACUGCGCAUGCCCUUUGAGUCGCCUGAGGCCCGUGAGCUCAACAAGCAAAUCUUUGAGACCAUCUACCACGCAGCUCUGACCGCGUCGUGCGAGCUGGCCAAGAUCGAGGGCACCUAUUCGACGUACGAGGGUUCCCCCGUGUCACAGGGCAUUCUGCAACCCGACAUGUGGGACGUGAAGCCGUCUGACCUGUGGGACUGGGACUCGCUACGUCUGAAGAUUAAGGAGCACGGUGUGCGCAACAGUCUGCUGGUGGCCCCCAUGCCGACAGCGUCAACGUCGCAGAUUCUAGGCAACAACGAGUGCUUCGAGCCGUACACGUCCAACAUCUACUCACGCCGUGUGCUGGCGGGCGAGUUCCAGGUGGUCAACCCCUGGCUGCUGAAGGAUCUCGUUGACAUGGGUCUGUGGUCGGACAACAUGAAGAACCGCAUCAUUGCCGAGGGCGGUUCGAUCCAGAACAUCCCCAACAUCCCAGCCGAUAUCAAGGCUCUCUACAAGACCGUGUGGGAGAUCUCCCAGCGCACGAUUGUGCAGAUGGCGGCCGACCGUGGCGCGUUCAUCGACCAGUCGCAGUCGCUGAACAUCCACAUGCGCGAGCCCACCAUGGGCAAGAUCACGAGCAUGCACUUCACCGGCUGGAAGCUGGGUCUGAAAACGGGAAUGUACUACCUGCGUACGCAGGCGGCCGCCCAGCCCAUCCAGUUCACUGUGGAUCAGCAGGCACUGCUGGUCGCAGACACCAACUCCGGCCGUGAACGUGGUCUCCGGAAGCGGGCGCCACCCGGUGGCACUUACGUCAGCUCGCCGUCCGCGAUGCCACGGUCCUCGCAGGCCCACGGCGCCAAUGGUGCCAGCAGCGCGUCACUGUCUUCCAACGGCCUCCCGACACCGAGCACAUCACCGCCUCCAGCUUCGGGGACUGUCGCGAGUGCCGGUCGCCCACUAGCAUCACCGUCAAAGCCGAAGCCGUUCAAGGCAGACCAGGAGGAGGGCGAGUCGCCAAAGGCGCUGGCUACCGAUCCGAUCGGCAAGCCCAAUAUUGAAGAGCUUGCAGACCCGGCGCUGAACGGUCCCAAGGACCAGAGCGAGGACCUGGACGAGGACAGCCAGGAACGUGAGCACGACAUUUACGCCGACGCAGUCCUUUCCUGCAGCAUUGAGAAUCCCGAGGCUUGUGUCAUGUGCAGCGGUUAG